AUGACCAUAAUUUUACUACUAAACUUAUUCAUGAUUAUAAUCUAUGCUAGAGAGGAUUUUAAGCAUAUAGGAUCGCACAAAUUCAGGUUCAAUGAUGAGAUUUUAGAUAUAAGCCGAGAUGUUAAUAUUAAAAAAGCUGUUCCUAUUCAAUCUAGGGUUAACAAUAAUUUUGAAAACUCACAAAAAUUAUUUAAAAAAUAUUCUCUUUUGAAAAUUAAGAAAAUGGAACAAGAUAAUACAAACACACAGUCGAUUGGAUACACGACUCAGGAUUACCCUAACCCUGCCAUAAAUCCCGAACUAUGUUUACACAAUUUUUUCAUGAAGUCGCACAUAUGUGAUCCUGACGGAAUCCUAACGGAGGAGGAGCAGAAAAACUUAAACCAUAAAUUAUUAGACUCUAAUUUGAAUAUUUUUGUAACCAUUUCCCAGAACAUUUUCGUUGAAACAGGUGUUUCUAAAUCUGAUGCUCAGAUAUCAUUUGCUAAUGAAAUUUUAAAGAAAUAUUCUGAAUCAUUUCAUUCAGAUUACAAUAAGUCCAUACUGCUCAGCUAUGUAAAGGAAUUUGGAAACCUUAAAAUCGUUUCUGGAGAGUAUAUGAUUGGUAAGAAAAUCAAGCAGGAGUUUAUUGACACUUUGGAACAAGAAUUUCAAACUAACCAAAAAGAACUUUACAAGUCAUUCAAUACUGUAAUAGAGAAACUAGUCCAAAAGAUAAUCAAAUCUGAUAUAAGUAAUUCAUUUAGGAUUCUAAUAAAAAACGAAAAAUAA